AGUAAAAAUGCCCCCCUUUAAAUGUGAUUUUCGUAUGGAGUUGUACUCUGUGGCAAACUUUGGCCACACCUAGAUCCCGUGCCAUUUCCACCCAUUUUGAAAAAGAGAAAAAAGUAGAAUAGAAGAAAAGCCUUUCUUUUUUAUUUUUUUCCCUCCUCCUCGGUGGUGCGUUUGUUUGCGUGUCGGCGUGUCCCGGCGGUGUAACCGGAGAGAGGGGCCUCACUGAGAGGGAAUGCAGGACUGCAAUGGAGCACAAUGCAAUACAGUGGGUGGGUGCUCCCUCCUGCCAGAGAGGCAGCUAUGCCUUCUACAAGUCGGUGAGCAGCAGAGCUCAGCCUGACGGGCCGCUCCAGGUGUGGAAGCUUGGCGAGUUCUACUUUAUCCAAUGUGGGCCGGAGGAUCCCGUCUGCAUCGCCGAGGUGACCUUGCUGUGGGAAGAUCAGGCUCGGCGCCACCUGCUGGCCAGCGCCAGACUCUACUUCCUGCCUGAGGACACUCCAAAGGGCCGAACCAGGGAGCAUGGAGAGGAUGAGGUACUGGCCGUGUCCAGGAAGAUGGUGGUACGGGUGGAGGACCUGGUGAAAUGGUCGCGUGCCGACCUAGCCGGGUGGAGCGGUGGCCCAAUGCCUCUAGUGGUCAAGACAAACGGUGUCCACGAACCUCCACAGAGCGGCGGAGACGACGGCGGUGGCAUGCCAAGCAACAACAAUGAGCUCCUGGAAGUCAAAACUGAGGACGAGCUGUCGCAGCGGCAGACUGUCAAGGUUCUCAGCUACCCACAGUACUGCCGCUUCCGCUCCCUGCAGAGACGCAUCCAGGAUGGAGCCAGGGGCCCCGCACUGCAGGACCCAUACCUCUUGGCCCUCGGGGCCAUCAAGGUUCUGCCCAACAUCAGGGUGAUGUACUGCAGGGACACCUUCAACCACCCGACACUGGAGAGCAGCGCCUGUUUCUCCUGGCAGUUCAGGUGUCCAUCCCUGAGUCUCCGAGGACGACCUCGUAAGAGGAAAGGUCGCGACAGCAAAGACUCUCCGACCUCGGGCCAACCAGAGUCCUGGAUCGAAAAGAUGAAGGAGAACGUGAUGGGCAGUGUGGAGGUCGGCUGUGAGGGCAGCUGGCUCCCCCAUCCAGAGGAGCAGCUGUUCCUGGAUCAGCUCUUUGUUUUCAUGGAGCGCCACGGAUCACCCAUCCAUAAAGUUCCCAACCUAGGUUUCAAGAAGAUCGACCUGUUCCUCAUGUAUUCGGUGGUCAAACGGCUCGGUGGCUACAAGAAGGUGACUUCGGACCGCCUGUGGAAGGUGGUGUACAACGAGCUGGGCGGAUGUCCAGGCAGCACCAGCGCAGCUACCUGCACCAGGAGACACUAUGAAAGACUGAUGCUUCCAUACGAGGAGCACCUGAGAGCUGGAGGAGGAGCAGAGUUUAAAAUCCCCGAUGUGCCGCUGCCUUCCAAACCCAGAGGAAUACGAGGACGGAAACCUCUGCCCAGAGGCAGGAAGCCCGGACCCAAACCCAAGGACAGGAGGACGGGGACGUUGUCGCCUGCAGCUCCGCCUUCUCCUAUUCUGAGUCCAAAUGGCUCCAUGGUGGUGAAACGAGGUAGAGGCCGACCGCCAGGAACUCGUAACAAAUCCACGCUAAUUGCUCAGGCCAAACUGCUGGCUCAGCAGCAAACAGCAACCAAACAAGCAGCAGUGGUGGAGCUGAAGCAGCACAGUCUUCUGCUGCCCCCUGUAGGCAGAGGAGGACCGACACCCAGCAGCACACACCGGCCCAUCCAGCCAGCCAUCCUCCCGCUCAGCAUGCCCCUGACCCCUGACCUCUCCCCCAUGUCUCCUUCUUUCCUCCCCUUCAAAACGACGGAGCUGAAGUCGGAACGCAGCGACCCGGCGGCUCCUCCCCCUCCCAGCGUUCUCAUCCCUGCUCUCCCUCACUUCGUCACCGGCUCGCUGAGCGGUUUCAGCCCCAUCAAAGGCGUGUGCCCUCUGGACGUCUUCAGGAGCCAAAUCAGCCUCCAGAGGGGCCCCGAUAGCCCCGCCCUGACCCCUCAGGACCCAGCACAGCUCCACCCGGCCAUCUUCACCCUCCAGCCCAAAGGAGGGAACCCGGACACGCCACACCCCAGCUCGGAGCAGCUGCAGCCUCAGCUGCACCAGCUCCACCAGCACCACUGCUCCGGCUGCGGCUCAGACGAUGGGGGUCAGCGCGGAGCGUCCAGGAGCCGGCCCCCGCCGCCUCCACUCCGCGUCCUGCCUCUCAACCUGGACUGCAGCGUCCAGGUGAGGAAGGUGAUGCGAGCUCACCUGGACUCGUCUCAACUGCAGACCUUCACCCGCCGGCUGUCGGAGGCGCUGUCGCAGGACCUGAGCACCAAGCCGCCCUGCUCCCCCAUCACUCCGCCGCCGGAGCAGGCGCUGCCCCUCAACCUCAGCAAACGCUUACCACCCAAACGGCCCAGCGCCGAGGGCCCCGAGCAGAGUCCGCAGGCCAUCAACAGAAACUCGGAUCCGUCGUCCUCCAAGAGACCACGCAGUGGCCCCCAGGAGCAAGCGCAGGAUUUCAGCCUCAGGGGCCGCUCCAGCUCCUUGGUGGUGUCCGGUGUUCAGAGCGUGGAGGCGAGGGGUCAGGAGGAGCCAGCAGACCUGAGCUCCCCGAGCCGCAUAAGGGCCUUCCUGCUCGGACUUCCACCCUUCCAGGUGAAACUGGAGGAAGACAUGAACGGGACGAGGUUUGUGAAAAUUCCUCCUCCGACCGAAACCAAAAGGACCGAAGUCGGAGAUGGAGGCGCGAAGACGGAGACAAAGAAACAGGAGGAGUCGAUGGGGAAGGAGCAACCGGAGCGAGAUCCGACCCUGUGUCCCGGUCCCGCGGAGCUGAAAGGAGCCGGCCCUUCCGACACAGACACACACUGUUUUUAGUGUUUAUUUCCAUAAAUCAGGAUCACCUCAGAGACUCGUCUGCGCCAGGCGUUUGCUUCUUUAAUGACGUUUAUUUCGCUACAUUUCCAUUUUCUCUGGAGGAACGUUAUCAAACCGAAUCAUGACAAUCACAGAUGAGUUUCCGUUAAAACAAAAACGGGAGAUGAUUUUCUUUUUGUUCCUGAACACUGCCAUAACCCGCGGAAACACUAUACACUUCUCUCCUCUACGUUCCGAUGAAACUGAAACAGAAAAACAACAGUUAGAACAAGAUAUCAUGUUUGGGUGAUGCUAUGCAUCAUGACUCCUCCCACAGCAUCCCUGGUGUCGUCCGCUAGUACCGUUUUUAAAUUGUUCUCUACGUCCGUAGGGAGAGACUUAUUUUCUGAUAGUGUUUAAAUGUAAUCUAGGGCUCAAAAUGAAAAGCUGUCUUCACAAAGUAUCCAGUGAAAGUGAAGCGUUUCAGUCCUGCUCGUUAGCUGAUGUAAACGUACACAAACGUGCCUUAAAGGGCCGGCGACCCUCGCCAUUCCCGGCUUCACCUGCAUCCACUCAGACGGAGAUACCUUGAUGUUUCAACAACACAUCCAUCAACCAGGUUCACCAUCGUGUCGGCUUGCUCUCGCCUUCGUCUCUGUUCAGAUUCUUAGAUCCCACAUGUAGCUCCGACAGUCUAAACUACCUCAGGUUCUUCAUUUCUCCCCCUCCCCCCAUUUUUUUAUACCCUGUUUGAGAAUUAUAAAGCUAUCCCAAUGUGUUUGAGUUGAAAGCAUGCUCAGAAUGGUCCACAACAUCUGUAGCUUCCUUCUUCAGCAGGUAGAGGCUGCUGCCAAAUCAGUAAGUUUGAAAUCAAAACCAAUCUUGUAUCUGCAGCUUCAGAGUGAGCAACUCCUGCCUCCAUAUUGGGAUUCAUGCUCUGUACAGGUGCGCCUCUAUAACUUAGAAAAUCACCAAAGAGUUUGUUUUGAUCCAUAAAUUCAGUUCAGAAAGUGUAACUCGUGGUUGUGGAGUAGCAGAUUUUCCUUGCACUAAACUUUCCAUUUAGAUUCUUUGCUAUAGCACUCUCUGGAUAGACAAGUUCUGUAGCAAUGACCUUUUCUUGCCUCCCUAACAUUUAUGUACUAGAGUAUAUUUUUAUUGGUUUUCAUUACCUGUAAGCUAUAAUUACCAAAAGCAGAAAUAAAUGCUUAAAAUAAAUCUCUUUCUGUAAUGAAUCCAUGACAUUUCUGUAGUUUCACUUUGUGGACUGAAUUGUUAACUUGAAUUCUCACUUUAAAUUUCUUUAGAUACACCUGUGAUUCCAGGAAUUUCAUGUCGGUUAAAGCCUUUUGUUAGAAACGAGAAACUAAAAUUGAAUCUUGCAUCAAAAAAUAUGUCGCUUUUCUUGCUGUCAAACAUCAAGGUAUCUCUUUAACUCACUUUCCUGUUCGCUUUGACACCACAUAUGCUGGUUCAGAUUUGCACACCUACUGUACUCCUUUUGCUUUUUGUCAUAUUUAAGCCAGUUAUAAUUUACUGUCUCUCAUUUCUCAGCGUUUGUAUUUGACUCGAACUAAUAGGUGCUGUUUUUCCUAGUUAUGUAGCUCAUGGCCACAUUGUUUUUUGACUUGUUUCAAGGCUCAGAAUGUUGUCACGCUGCAAGUCAGAAAGUUUUUAAAAGGUGGAAAAAUUCACAUUGAUUUAUCCACAGAGAAAAUAUUUUAAAGAAAUGAUUUUAAAAGAUGAAAAAAUUUGCUUAUUAGUAAUUAUUUUUUAUCAGAUUUGUUUGACUGUUGGUUCCAUGUUCAGCAAAAAUACUUGUGAAUGAUUGCAUGACAAAACAAUGUGUACUCAGUAUAUGGGCAGAUGCACCAAAGUGCUCCACCAGACUCCUGUAUAAUUCUGCUAUUGAUAGUAUUUUUACAAUUUUACUUAAUUCAUUUGUUUUCCUUCUUUAUUGUAAAAUAAUUAUUGGGCAAAAAAAAAACUACAAAUGUCAUAUAUUCUUUAUCACAGUAAUGUUUUUCACAAACAGGGUAACUACUGUAACUACUGUCUGGCUCUGCUUCAUCACAUCAGUAAACCUGUAUUUAUUGGUCCCAGAGAGCUUUAAAGGAACUCGUUUGUAGAACAAAUAAUGUGGACAGUGGUGCUCACUGAAGAGCUUAUCACAUUUUAAAAUGAAAGAAGGAUAAAAAUAAUAUUGGUCCUCCACAAAGCUGCUGUUCAGAAGCUUUUAACAACCGGCACUGACAUGAAAUGAUGCUCUUUGGUGUUAGCAUUAGGAACAAUGUCUGACUCACAUUUUAAGCUGCUUACCAUAUUUUUUGUAUUCCCUGAAAGUGUUGAGUUAACAUAUGAACUGUCAUUGGAAGACCGAAUGCUACCAUACAUCAUUUAGUUUAAUACGUUGGUUAGCUGAACAUGCUAAUAUCCUAAUGCAUCAGAUAAACGACUCGUCAGAUUUUAAAAAUAGCUGUUUGGGUCAAUCAUGUUUUUUGGACCUUCUUAAUUUUUGUGUGUUAUAUACAUAUUACCAUUAACUAAUAAAGGUUUUGUUAAUCAUUGAUACAAUAGUAAUAAUUUUGCCAGCUAGACUUGUUGACAGCUUGAGUCAUUUUAGCGUUUCAUUGAGAUUUACCCGACAUUGUUAGGUUAUUAAUUCACGGGCACCAAACCUUCUUGGUUUUGCUGGACUGUUUGUUGUUCUAAACAGUUUUAUCAAACUGCAGCAUGUUUCAAACUCGAGGCUCGUGGGCUAAGUCCAGCCGGCCGUAGCUGUUUUGGUGGCCCACUAGAAUUUAUGACCAUGAUGAGUUUCAAACAUCUGUACUGCAGGUACUGUACGGGCAGUGGAACAUUUCUUGGCUUAACAUGCUAGCUUGCCAUGCUUAGAUUUACCUUUAACCCAAAAUCUGCUAUGUGGGGAUUCCAGUUCACUUCGUAUGUUUAAAUAAAAAUUUUUGACUACUCAUCUGUACAACACUUCAAAGUUGCUGCUACUAGAAUGGUGAUCAUUUUCUUAACUUAGCAUGCUGACAUUUAGAGUUUUUAUUGUAAUUACUGUUCCAAAGAUUCUGUAUUUAACAGUAUAUAUAUAUAUUAACAGUUAUUCCUAUCAAUCAAUUGUCCUUUUUGACUUAAAUCGGUUUAUACCAAAUUGUUUGUACGCCAAGAUGCUAAUGGUGAACAUUUUUCUUGAGUUGCAGUUGCUUUAAGAACACAAAACAUUUAAAAACUUGCUGCUUUGCUCAGGCAACACUGUUUUAAAAGCUCCUGUUUAUCAUCAGUGUGACGGUAGAUGGUUAAUCUUACAGUUCAUUUUGUGUAGAGCGCCUUUAAUAUGCAUUUGCCAUACAAAUGCAUAACCUAAAACUGAUCCUUGUUCUAAUAACCACAGCUUUUAAAAUUGAGUUUCCAAACCUGUUCCUUUAAAGUUGGUCUGGGUCUGAUCAGUCUUCUGGUUCCUCCCAGGUGAAACGCAGCUCCACUGGACCAGUUUAGAAUCACCUGAACUUUGACUUCAGUUCUUUUGCUCCUUUUUUGUUGAUGUAUUGAAUAAUAAUGACAUGCCACUCAUUAUUUUAUUUUAUUCUCUUUUUUUUUCAGCUUCUUAAACUAGUAUAAUUUUUUUUUCUUUGUUUGGAUAUUUAAGCUUAGUCUAGCUAGUUUUUUUUUCUUUCAUAGGUUUCACAAUGUUUACAGUUUGUUAUGCAUGUUAUACAGAUUUCUUACAGUGUUUUGCACACUACUCCAGCAUCAGUCUUGAACGGCACUGCUCAUUCAUGUAAAGUACUUAUAAGUGCCUGAUACUUAAAUUUGGAGUUAAUGUUUGUAAGCGAAUGAAAGUUAAAUUAGCUCAUUAGCCUUCAUGCCAUCGACUUGAACAAGGGGUCCCAGUGUAGGUGAGUUUUGUUGAACUUUAUGGCCUUUGCGGGUUUUUGUAAAUUCUCGUGUUGAGGAUUUAAUGAGAGAAGACCCGCGACACCGGAACGACACUCGGCUCCGUGUGUUGGACUGAACCGGACCUACAAGAUUUAAGAAAAGGGAUGGCAAGCGGUCGGUUGGACAUUCAUGAUGAUACAUGAUCAAAAUAAAGGUGCUACAUGUCACAUUUUUACGUCUUUGAAUUGUUGAAUUAAUUUGACUCUUCUGCAGCUUCCUAAAAUGCCCUAAAAGCUUCUCAGUUUUCAUAUCUUUACAUUUGCCUUAUGUUCUCUUAUGUAUUUUAUUGAUUUAUUUAUGAAGAAAAGUUUCUGGAUAACCAAAAUGACCAUUGAUACUUUAAAAGAAAUUAGAUUUUUGGGACAGUUUUGAACUUGCGGGUUUGUGAAAAUUUCAGUUAAUGCUUCAGAUUUGGAGAUGAAAAUAUGUGGAGCUAAAGUCUUUUUUUUUCUAUUAAAUAUAAAUUUUCAUUAUUUUUUUUCAAAAGUCAGUCAUUUUUAAAUAGUUUUCUCUUUAUACUCUGAUAUCUAAACAGAAUUUAUUCAAUAGUUAUAUAAAAAAAAACCUCAUAAAGUCACCUAGUUUCAUGGUUGGAUGUAGUUUUUUUUUUUAAAUUCUGGUUAUUUCCCCUAAAAAUUGCCUCAUUAUGAUAUAAAAGAUGUCAAAAGGGUUUUGUAAUCCAAGUAACCUUGUUGCAAAAAUAAAAUGCAAGUUCGAAACAUGCAUUUUCAAACUGUUUCGAAAAGCUUAAUUAAGCUUUAACUUAUGGAAAUAAGCACAAAUUGUUGUAUACCAGUAUAUAACUGAUUAUGUGCAUGGAAAAUUUGAACUUAGAUUAUUUUAAUAUUGAUAAAUUUGUCUGAAAUGAAUCGAAAUUCAGUCUAAAAUGAAGAAAUGUGUUUGACUGAAAUCUAAAAGAAUGUUCUCUCUCCACCAUCAUAAGCUUUCAGGACUGUCUUGAAGAGCAAACUUCCCAAAUGUCCAUUUUAUACAACAGUAGCUUAAAUCAACCAAAUACAGAUGGUGAAAAAUGCUCCAUGUGGCACCUUUACAAACUGGAUGUUACACAAUAGGAAUGUCUGUCUGAGAUCUCUUUUAUAAGAAUUAAAGAAGAAAAUGUUUUAUUUCCUUCUUAUAUUUACGCACAGAUUGUCUGUAAAAUAAAACCGUCUUUUCCAUGAGUGUUUCCAGAGCGAGCUGUGCUGGACUGUGGCCUCCCAAGUUUUACUCAAGACAUUGGCGGUGUUCCACGAGGCGCUGGAUUGGAACCAGAAAAUUCUUGCUUGAUUAAAAAUAUGUUUUAUUUUGAUUGUUACUGAUUUACAGCACAUGGUCUGUUUUUGUUUUUCUCCUUUGUAAUUUUUUUCCCUCCCUGUUUUAAUGGUAAAAGGCUUUCAGUGUCAGGUACCAUUCCAUUUUAACACUGUAUAUUUAUAUUAAAAGUAAUCUGUUAAUAAA